AUGUCAACGAAUCCUUUUAGAAACCUAGGGAAAAAUGUACUUUUGAUUACAGGAGUUGGGAUUGGUUCAAUUUAUUUGGCAAAAGUAGUAAUAAAACGAAGGAGAGAUGCCAAGUUUCAACCAAAGGCAAUAUAUUCAAAUAAACCAGGCACUAUGGGUGAUCUCAAAAAUAAGGAUCCUAGUGUAUCAUACUAUGAAAAUCUAGCACAAGUCAAACCAGGGUUUCCUAUCCAUAAAGAUGGAGAGGAUAAAGUACCCGCAAGGAAAAGUAAGUAUGAAGCAAGUGGAUUGAGUGCCGUUACAAGGAAGAGGGGCGACAAAUUAGGAUUUCUUGAUAGAAGGAGAAAUGAAUAA